AUGCCUCCUAAACGAUCUUCGACCAAUGUCAACUAUACCGCCGCUGGUGCGCUCUCUGACGACUCGGAAAUCGAUGAUCUCUUCGACGAGCUGUCAGACGACGAUGAAGUUGAUAAGAAGCCAAAGAAGAAAGGUCCACCUAAUAGUGCCGAGAUCAUUAAAGGUCAGAUGAGUAAACCUCAUAAUAUCAUGUUAUCUACCAAGACUCUACACGAUAUGAUCCAUACUGGCAAUGUCAAACUUGAUCCGGAUUAUCAGCGAGAUGUCGUAUGGUCCGAGCCGAAGAUGAUGCUCUUGAUCCAAUCUCUUUUCAUGAACUACUACGUCCCUCCAAUCAUCUUCGCCGUUACCAAGGACGAAGCAGGAAACACCACUCAUGUUUGCAUCGACGGGAAGCAGCGAUGUACUUCCAUCCUAUGGUUCAUGGACGGCAAGAUCCCCUUCGAAUCUCCCAAUACCAGACAGAAGUACUGGUAUAACAAGUUUGCGGGUCAUAGGGGUCAACAAUUACCGAGAGAUCUGAAAACCCAAUUUGACCUUAUUCAAAUGACCGCUGUGGAGUACUAUGAUAUGACUGAUAUACAGCAGAGGGACGUUUUCCAACGUGUACAACUGGGUGUUCAAUUAUCUACCGCCGAGAAACUACAAGCACAUGGUGGACCAUGGCCCGAUUGGAUAGGUGAACUCAUCAAGAAAUACGUCACCGCCGAUGAGACGUUAGGUAAACAGCUUAACUGGGUCACAAACCGAGGUCGAAUAUUCCAAAACUUGCUCGGGUUUGUCGCUACCGCUCGAGAAAGUAGUCCCAACAAAAUCUGGACCCCUGGAGCGACAGCUCUGAAGAAUUUCGUUGCUCGAGGUGAUGCUCCUGAUCAAGACUUUAAGAACCGUGUCUCAUUGGCUUUAUCGAUCUUCAUCAACAUCGCUUACAACCACUUUGAUGAAGCUUUCGGUACCACAACGACCACUCGUAUUGCGCCAGUCGAAUUCUGGUUCAGCGGCUAUCUCAUUUACAGUCGAAUGGGUUUCCUAUCCGUCAGAUCACUUGCGCAGGAGAUUGGGAAGAUGCGAGCGAUGAUCCGGACACACGUACCCGGUAACGUCUCUGCCAACACCUUGGUGUUCGGUCUCCUAUCGGACCAUAUCAACGGCAUCCCCAAGAAGAGGAGGUUGAACGAGGUCCCCGCUGCUGAACAGUACGAGGCGGAUGAUGAUGUUGAUGAAAGAGAUGCCAGGGCUUUGAAGAGAUCUCGUAGGGCUGAAGAGUUGGAUCCGACGUAUAAUGAUGAAUGGACUGAAAGGCCGAUGGUCGAACAGCCGAAAAUCGCAACGAGAGCCAAAGCCACUUCUACCAACAACAGCAAUGACGCUUCUUCCUCAUCGACUCCCGUGGUACAAGCUCAGCCUAGACCUGCGCCUGUGAACGUAGCUGCUGCCUUGAGUAGUCGACCAAUCGCUGGGCUACCUACUCCCCAGACAGCUCAACCGGUGAAUGGACAGCAGAAUCUCAAUGGCGUUGCCCAACCUGUACCCAAUGGUCUAGGUAACACCUCUCAACAAUGGCGUGAUUAUACCGAAGCGAGAAUUAAACAACAAUACCCUCAAUCGUUCUCUCAGCAACAAUAA